CCGGUUACGUAAGAAAAACUUCCUGUCCUCCCCGUGUGAAAGCGUGACUUUUUCGUGCUACCACCACUCACCUGCUGUUGAGGUAUUAGCUGAGCCAGCCUUUAAAAAUGUUGAUUUUAUCAAACAGGUUAAAGUUAAGCGCUCUGGCGUUUACCGCCGCGCGCAUGUACAGCAGCGGCCCCGCGGCUGCUAACAACAACCCCAUAGUUUACUUUGACAUUGCAGCAGACAACCAGCCGCUCGGCAGGGUAACCUUCGAGCUCAACGCUGAAGUUGUGCCAAAAACUGCAGAGAACUUCAGAGCGCUGUGCACAGGUGAACAUGGCUUUGGUUACAAAGGAUCAAUUUUCCACCGGGUGAUCCCUCAGUUCAUGUGCCAGGGUGGGGAUUUCACGAACCACAAUGGUACUGGAGGGAAGUCAAUCUAUGGAUGGAAAUUUCCUGAUGAGAACUUCAAGCUGAAGCACACUGGACCUGGCAUCCUCUCUAUGGCCAACGCUGGACCCAACACUAAUGGAUCCCAGUUCUUCAUCUGCACAGCUAAAACAGAAUGGCUGAAUGGCAGACAUGUUGUCUUUGGCAGCGUGAAGGAAGGAAUGGAUGUGGUCAAGAAAGUGGAGUCUUUUGGUUCACGGUCUGGGCGGACCUCCAAGAAGAUCACUAUCACAGACUGCGGAGAGCUCAAGUAGGCUCUAUCAGAGCAGAGGACAGGUCAUAGACAUCUCUUCACUGCUGUAAUUUAAAUGUGAGAGCUGAGUCAAAGAGGCUCUUUCUUCAGUCAUGGAGCAGAAUGCUACCUCUCUUUCCUGACCGUCAGUUUAAUCAUUCACAAUCGUUUUUUCUUUUGGUACUUGCAGUCUGUUUUCUUUGGGUAACAACAAAAGCACUUAACUAUGUCAGGCUAUAAAAUGUGAACAAGUAGAAUAAAUAUUACGGGUUAUUGUAUUUGAGGGAGAGCUGUAAUUCACAAAUAUACACUGAAACUGCUUUGGAAAGGAGCAAUUUAUUUAGAAGAAAUAAAGUUUUUUUUCUAAAUA